AUGGAUCACUCGCAAUCCCGAAACCGAAGACUGGCUACAUACGGUGCAUCCACGAAUCAACCUCCUCCCAAAACCACAGCCGCAAGCACUUCGACGACCAAAGGGACUACAGCUCCUGUGAGAAGAGUGCGUGACUCUCGGCUAUUGGAGCAUAAACCCAAAGGCACCGAGAACCGGGCAAAGCGAUCAACACGUCCAAGCGCUUCUCUGGCUUCCGCCCUCAAAGAACCGCGAACCUCCACUGAAGAUAGCAUCUACGAUUUACCAUCAUCAGACGAUGGAGUCCAGCAAGGUAUCAGUGAGCGAAAGCGAAAGCGCCAGGGCCCUGGUGGAAGUGACCCCUUAAGUGAGAAUGGCUCUCCAUGGACGAGGAAGGCCGUACGGGACCACAAAAGGCUAGUCGGGCGAAUGCAAGGGGAUAAACUGCUCCAUAAUCAGACAUUAACAGCAGUCCCUGCAUCCGAACGGCCCGUCGAGUCCACAGAGGCAGAGGCCUCUUUCCUCGAUGAUCGCCAACUGAUGCGGCAAGCUCACAAUGCAGAUUCUGUUGAGAAUGAAAGGCAGGUCUCCAGCGAUCCUGCGUCUCCUAGUCCCCGUCAGGUGGCUCGAACAACUGCUGAAAGCACCCCUACCGGUCGAAGGAGACUGAUUGAUUCACUGGCUACCACGGGACAGUCAGAUGAUGAAAUGGCCCCUCAAAUCCCCCUCGACAGUCCACUGCCCUCGUCCUUUGAUCGCCGCAGCUCAAGUCAACCAAAGGAUACUGUAUCACGAAUUGUCCCAGUUCAAAGCCAAGCACAGGGCUAUGGGCAGGACUCUACUGUUCCCGUAUCCCCUCAUCUUCGAGGCUCCAAAGUAACAUAUGCACGCCAACGUUCCUUUUUGGACGACCUUGUGGGUCAGGCCCUCCCCACCGACCUAGAGCAGCUUGACACGUUGAAUUCACCGCGUGAAUCCAGCAGGCACAUGCCUAGUGCACGUCUAUUCGCGGAUGAUGAUGUCAACGACGACGAUGACGACGGCACUGUCCGUAGCAUCUACGAAUUGCGUCAGGCUGGCGGGAACGCUCGCCAUCGGGGAGCCGUCGAGUCGAUUUUUGAGGAUAUUGAGGAUCCGCUCAAUUCGGUAUCUGGCCGAAGCAGUGCCUUGUCCCAACUCUGCGAGAAAUUGUUGGAUUCCAAGCAAGUCCGGCAAUUCUUUGACUGUGGUUUCGAUAAGAGACUUGUGGACUGUCUUUCUCCUGACUUCGAAAUUGUCCCUGCCACGGUCAUUCUUUGCGCCUUUGCCCUUGCCUUUCAGGGUAGGUCGCUACCGUACAUUCUCGCGGCGGCUGCAUGGCCGAAGCUUCUGAACUUAUCUUCUAUCUUACUCAGCGUCCAAGAUAAUAUUAUUCUCAUGAUGCAAAAUCAGGAGAGCCACCUAUCUCGACCUAUUCAGGCCUUUGUCCGAAAGACUGCCUCUGAAAUCAAUUCGGUAUUGCUUCCGGAAUCCACUUCCAUGCAGCUCUCUCCCAGCUUUUUGGUUUUAAAGUGUCUCAAGAUCACCCUCUCGGCCUUCCAGGAGAAGGGCGACAUGCCCAGUGCACUUCCUACACUCUUGUUGAAGCAAUUGGUGGAUCUUCUACUUUUUCGAAGUUCUGAGGAUGAUACUCGCAGUUCAUCUGCUGUCCAAAACGCCCAAAGAUGCAUACUAUCUCGGGGGGGGGCCCCUCAGCAAGCGAACCGAGACAUUCUUACUUUGCUGAAAGACAUGCACGAAUUACUCUACUUGAAGAACGAUUCAGACACAACCGGCCAGCAAAUACAGAGGCUAUAUAUCCGGGUAAUCUUGAACAUCACCAACAAUGAUCCAAUGCUGUGCGAUAGCUUUGCAACAUCUGCGAUGAUUGGACAGCUAGCUGAGGUUGUGAUUACUAACUUUGGUGAUUUGACCGAGGAUUCUCUCUCAGAGGAGAAUAACCCUCUGGACACGGUGAUAUUGGCUUUAGGGGCCCUCAUCAACCUGACUGAACAAAGUGGAGCAUCCCGCACCAUGUUCCUUAAAGCUACGCGCGGUAGCAAGUCUCUUCUUGAUCGACUAUUGCUUCUCUUCGUAGAUAAUGUUGAUUCAACUUCCAAGGCUAAUUCCGUUUUGGAAGUGCAUCAUAAUGUCACAGUGGGUUACCUAGCAGUGCUACUUCUGGUGCUUUCCCUCGAUAUGGAUGCCCGAAGACAAAUUCGGAAGCCCAUGCAGUCCAACGGGCUAGUAAUGGUUAUGUCUACCGUCGAUGAGUUCUUGCAGUACCAUCGAAAGAUCGAACAGGAAUUGAACCCGCUCCAGACCCAGGGAAAGGCGAGUGGUUUCCUUGUUCGUCUCCAGAGCCUUGUCAGCCAGGUUCAACAGAGUGAAUGUGGCUGA